AUGACGGUCCUGUGGACCGAUGAUGUCAAGGCCCGGGCGGACGCCAAGGCGGAUGCCAAGGAGUCUCGCACAGAGUCCCGGACCGACGCCGAGACGGAAAGCACAGAGUUCGCCAGCGAGAUCGAGGCAGAGUCCUCGGCGGAGUGGGUGACGUCUCUGUGGCUGGAUGUAAAGCCCGCAGCAGAUAAAAACGAUGCGAAGAAGCGCCCAGUGCUCGAGCAAGUCACUGCUCUUGGCAGUGACAUCUUUAACGAAGAUCCCUUGGCUGGAUGCUCAAAGCGAGGCGGCUGGCGCCUGCAUGUUGCCGUGGGACAACGGAAUGAGCAGAUUGAGAUGAUGGGAUUUAUUGUUUUUCGCAUCAAGCCAGAAAGGAACGCUUUGAUCAUUGCGCAGUUGGCUGUUCCGGAGGAACAUCGCCGCAUGGGCUUCGGUAGUUUGCUGCUGAAAACGUUGAUCGCAGAGGCCAAGCGCCUUCCCGAGAUUCACAGCAUCGGCUUGUCCUCCCUGCCGGGGUCCAUCAAAUUCUACAAGAGGCAUGGCUUCAAGUUGAUGCAUCGACUUCCGGAUUCCGAAGCGAAGGCGGAAGGUCAGGUCUACAUGGAACUGAAGACUCCCAGCAAGAAGAAGAAGUGA